AUGCAAUGAAGGUGUGAGGGGAUAGGCUGUAUCAAAAAUGGCGUGGCAGCCGCAAGAGGAAGGUUUAAUACAAAUACUCACACUUUUGAAAGAGUCGCAGUCUCCUGAUACAGAAACACAACGAUCUGUCCAACAAAAAUUGGAGGAAUUAAAUAAAUUUCCAGAUUUCAACAACUACCUGAUAUUUGUGUUGACUAAAUUGACAUCAGAAGAUGAGCCUACGAGGUCAUUGAGUGGUCUUAUUCUGAAGAACAACGUGAAGGCACAUUUCCACAAGUUCCUCCCAGUGGUGACAGAGUUUAUUAAGCAGGAAUGUCUGUCUGCGGUCGGCGAUCCAUCCCCCUUGAUCAGGGCUACUGUUGGGAUCCUUAUCACGACUAUUGCCUCGAAAGGGGAGCUGACGGCAUGGCCCGAACUACUUCCUGCGCUCUGCAGUAUGUUAGACUCUCAAGACUACAAUGUCUGCGAGGGUUCAUUCGGAGCUUUGCAGAAGAUCUGUGAGGACUCUGCGGAAUUGCUGGACAGUGAUGCUCUCAAUCGCCCGCUUAAUGUUCUCAUUCCAAAGUUCCUUCAGUUCUUCAGACAUUCAAGUCCGAAGAUAAGAUCCCAUGCAAUUGCAUGUGUAAACCAGUUCAUCAUUACCAGAACCCAGGCGCUGAUGAUUCACAUUGAUUCAUUUCUAGAGAAUCUCUUCCAUCUCGCCAGUGAUGAUGAUCCGGAGGUGCGUAAGAAUGUGUGUCGUGCUCUGGUCAUGCUCCUGGAAGUUAGGAUGGAUAGACUUAUUCCUCACAUGCAUAAUAUUAUUGAGUACAUGUUGAUGCGGACCCAGGAUCCAGAUGAAGGAGUGGCUCUGGAAGCUUGUGAGUUCUGGCUUUCGUUAGCAGAACAACCGAUCUGUAAAGAAGCGUUGUCUCCACAUCUAACAAGGCUUGUUCCUAUCCUAGUACGAGGGAUGAAGUACUCUGAGAUAGAUGUCAUAUUGCUCAAGGGUGAUGUUGAGGAAGACGAAAUGAUUCCAGACCGAGAAGAAGAUAUCAGACCAAGGUUUCACAAGUCAAGAACCCACACAAUCAAACACUCUGAAGAGAAUGGGGAUGAGGAAGAGGAAGAAGACGAUGGAAUGGAUGAUGACAGUUCAUUGUCGGAUUGGAAUCUUAGGAAAUGCAGUGCUGCUGCUUUGGAUGUACUUGCCAAUGUGUUCCGGGAAGAGUUGCUUCCUGUAUUAGUGCCAAUUCUCAAGGAAACGCUUUUUCACCAAGAAUGGGAAAUCAAAGAAUCCGGCAUCCUUGCUCUGGGUGCCAUAGCAGAAGGUUGCAUGACUGGUAUGAUCCCACAUCUCACAGAAUUAAUUCCUUACCUUAUCAACUGUUUGUCAGACAAGAAGGCCCUUGUGAGGGCCAUCACAUGUUGGACACUCAGCCGAUAUUCACACUGGGUCGUGAGUCAACCCCAUGACAACUAUCUGAAGCCACUCAUGACAGAGUUGUUGAAGCGGGUGUUGGAUGGCAACAAAAGGGUUCAAGAAGCAGCAUGUUCAGCAUUUGCAACACUUGAAGAAGAGGCCUGCACAGAACUAGUUCCGUACCUGGGGUUCAUCCUAGAGACUUUGGUAUUUGCAUUCAGCAAGUAUCAGCACAAAAAUCUCCUGAUUCUAUAUGAUGCUAUUGGCACACUGGCUGACUCUGUCGGUCAUCAUCUGAAUAAAGUUGAUUAUAUCAACCUCCUCAUGCCUCCACUCAUCCAAAAGUGGAACAUAUUGAAGGACGAAGACAAAGAUCUGUUCCCCCUUCUAGAGUGCCUGUCGAGUGUAGCCACUGCCCUGCAGUCAGGUUUCCUUCCAUAUUGUGAACCAGUAUAUCGGCGGUGCGUUUCGCUUGUCGAGCAGACACUGAACCAACACAUUGCAAAUACACAGAAUCCUGAACAAUUUGAAGCCCCAGACAAAGACUUCAUGAUCGUGGCACUGGAUUUGCUGUCAGGUUUGGCGGAGGGGCUUGAUGGCCACAUAGAAAAACUCGUGAUAAACUCAAACAUAAUGCAGCUUCUAUACCAGUGCAUGCAGGACCCCAUGCCUGAGGUGCGCCAGAGUUCCUUUGCUCUGCUUGGUGAUCUUACAAAGGCUUGCUUCCAGCAUGUGCUACCCUGUAUAUCUGACUUUCUUCCUAUUCUUGGACAGAAUUUAAACCCAGAAUUUAUAUCUGUAUGCAAUAAUGCUACCUGGGCAAUUGGAGAGAUAUCUGUAAAACUGGGUCAUGAUACAAGACCAUACAUACCGCUUGUCCUUAGUCAGCUGAUUGUAAUCAUCAACAAACCAAACACACCUAAGACACUGCUAGAAAAUACAGCCAUAACUAUUGGCCGGCUAGGUUAUGUGUGCCCUCAUGACGUCGCCCCUCUGUUACAGCAGUUUGUUCGCCAGUGGUGCACAUCUUUGCGUAACAUUCGUGACAACGAUGAGAAAGAUAGUGCAUUCCGCGGUAUGUGUCAGAUGAUUACUGUGAACCCAGCAGGCGUUGUUCAGGACUUCAUAUUCUUCUGUGAUGCUGUUGCAUCCUGGAUGAAUCCAAAGGAUGACUUGAAGGAGAUGUUCAACAAGAUUCUGCAUGGUUUCAAGAACCAAGUGGGUGAGGAGAACUGGAAAAGGUUCUCAGACCAGUUCCCCCCUCAGCUUAAGGAGCGGCUUGCAGGCAUGUAUGGUGUCUGAACUGCAAACACAGGUAGCUUGGGGAUGAGCUGCACCCUCAUGUGUGGUUGGGGGUACAACAGGGAUUGGGGUGGGUGGGUGAAACCACUUAACAAGAGGAACAUCAACAACUACAACAGUAGCCUUGGGGAUAUACUGUUGUCAGCGGCAACAGCAGCAGAACUGGGUGGGGCGGGGUGAGCCAUCGUGCGGGCCGCAACA